ACAAGGGUGUGCCGCGGAAAUAAUCGUCCAUUUAUUUCACUCGUCAUUUUUGGGUUUCCUUGUUAUAUGUUUGCUGUUAUUGGAUUUUUUCGCUGAAGCUUUCCCUAGUCAGUUCCUCCUUAAUAUGGUUUUAUGUUGGCAUAAGUUUUGAAGUUUCAUAUCUUGCCAUUUUAUUGCCUGUUGGUUGAACCUGGGUUUAUUUGUUGAUCUGUAAUUGAAAUGCAUGUGCAGGGACUGGGGUAGGCGCUUUAUGAGGCUGUAUCCUCAAUACACUUCCUGGGACAAUCCAAAAGAACCAGAAAGGCCACUUGUCAUUGGAUAUGUGUCUCCAGAUUAUUUUACUCAUUCUGUAUCUUAUUUCAUUGAGGCACCCCUUGUCUAUCACGACUAUACGAAUUACAAAGUGGUUGUGUAUUCGGCAGUUGUCAAGGUAUUGUAAUAGCAUUAUUCAGUUUUUCUAAUUUAUUCAUGUGCCAUCUUUAUCCAAGCUAGUGUUUUCUUAUGUUUAGGUAUUGUCUAUGCUGUUUUUCUUGUUGCAUUGUGAGAAUGUCUCUGUCAUAACUUGCAGCUAUCUUGGGGCUACAGGUUAUCUGACUCUUGCCCUGCAGGCAAAUGUAGGCCACUUGUAAUUGCGUUACUCUGGUUUUGUAGAUAUGUUUUUAAUUGUUGUUAGUACAGCUCAUGACAGUUCUGCUUGUUUGGGUUUGUUCUUGUCAACUGUUUGCAUUUAUAUGACGAUGGCAAUGCCAAUUUUUUCAUGGCCUUUCUUUUCAUCUGUCUAAUGUGCCUAUUAUUUAUGAAAUUGUGGGUCCGUCUUAUGCACUUGCUCAAAAUAUCAACGCUUCUGAUUGUUUACAGGCUGAUGCAAAAACGCAUAGGUUCAGAGAGAAAGUGCUUAAAAAAGGAGGGUCGUGGAGAGACAUAUAUGGAAUUGAUGAAAAGAGGGUGGCAGGUUUGGUUAGAGAAGACAAUGUUGACAUCUUAGUGGAACUAACUGGACAUACUGCUAACAAUAAAUUGGGCACUAUGGCGUGUCGACCAGCACCUGUUCAGGUAUGCAUGAAAUUGUUGGCAUGAGUGGAAAAGUGUAUUUUGCUUUCUACUGCUAUUGUUCCAUGCUAAACAUUAAUUUGGUUGUUUUAGAAGAGAGGUGGAAACUGCUUUUGGACUGGUUACUUGCUCUUGGAUAGCAAGUGUGGCCAGAGACUUUGUUUUGCUUUUUCUGUAAUUGAUGUCGGUACAUGCAUGAUGCAUCUGUUCAAGAUUUUAUUUUGUGUGUCUUCAACAUGAGCCAGCUGGAAGAGUAAGAGGUAUAUUUAUCUAACCAAUACCAGACAUAAAAUGUAGAAUCCUUUCAGAGGAAGCACCAAUCCUAUUGCAUCUUUGCCUAUAUGCUCUAAUAGUGAGAGGAAGUCAUUAGUGAGCACAGUGAUGCCGUAGUAAUGUUAGGUGUGGCAAACUGUGAUGAUGCUUAAGGUACCUGUAGAACUCACAUAGCUGGAGUUUGUGUUGUAUACUUCUUGCAAAUUGGUCUUUUUAGGUUUACCUGAACGUAUGAACUUUGCUGGGUGCUUGAUUGAGUAUUCUAUACCAGUAAGAAGCAUUAUGUUGAAAUAUGCUUAUGCUCUUUUUAUACAAGGAUUUAGUUUGAUAAUUGUUUUUUUGUUCAGGUUACAUGGAUAGGGUAUCCAAACACAACUGGUUUACCUAGCAUUGAUUACAGAAUCACUGAUUCUCUGGCUGAUCCACCAGAUAGUAAACAGAAGUAUGGAUUCUUCCACCUCUCUUUUACUUUUGGCAGUUCUGAUGGGAGUCUUGAUCCUCUAGAUUGGAAAUAUCUGUAGUUACUCUGGUACCUGUGCUAAUAUCUCUUGUUUGUUUGUAGCCAUGUCGAAGAUUUAGUCCGGUUACCAGAAUCCUUUCUUUGUUACACUCCGUCCCCUGAAGCUGGGCCAGUCGCGGUUGCACCUGCUGUGUCAAAUGGCUUUAUAACAUUUGGUAGUUUCAACAAUCUGGCAAAGGUAUGUAUCAGGAGAUAGUUGGGCAAGUUUAUUUGCCAAGUUCUAGUAAAACUCAUUAUUGUAAUUGGCGAGGAUCCUUACUCAUCACUCUUUGCAACUUUCUCUCCCUGGCAGAUAACUCCUAGAGUACUGCAAGUGUGGGCUAGGAUUCUCUGUGCAGUUCCAAACUCUCGCCUGGUUGUUAAAUGCAAGCCAUUCUGUUGCGAUAGUGUUCGGCAGAAAUUUCUGACAACUUUGGAGCAGCUAGGGUUGGAACCAUUGCGUGUUGAUCUUCUGCCUCUAAUUCUUCUGAACCAUGAUCAUAUGCAAGCAUAUUCUCUCAUGGAUAUCAGGUGAGAUCUUGAAAUAAUAUAUAAAUGACAUAAUUGCAGUCUGUUGUUGCUACCUUCUAGUAAAGUGUCAGUGGCAAAGCUCCUUUAUUGCUGUAGGACUGCUGUCAUCAGAUGCUAAUUUGAUACCUCCUGGUUGACCUGCUAUAUCAGUGAAUAAGCCAGUUGUUUCUGCCAGUUUGGCAAGGUUUUAACUUUAUGGGUCAUAUUAUGCAAAUGAUUAGAAGAUACCAUUCUUUGUGAUACAAGACGGGUGCUUUUCCUGGUUAACCCUAUGUUAUGGAAAGUUUUCAUUGCUUCUACUUUCCUUGCUGUCUGCUUGUGCUGCAUCACACUGAGUCCAUUAACGAUCAGCUUUAGUACUAAAUGCAGCAAAAAGGUUUCCUGCUGCGCCUUAAUGGCUUGAAGAAGUUUUUGGCUCCUAUAGCUGUGUUUCCAGGCUCUGUUUAUUUACUUGCUUGUUAAAUUGACAAUAUGACUAUAACCUAACCUUUUAUGUAGCAAAUAAUUUCUGCAGAAAGUCUUGUCCUAGUCGGUUGUUUAUUUAAAGUAGGGUUGUCAUAGAAGCACAUCCCAUAAACCUCAUCUGGAGUUGUUUUAGCUUGGAAUUUUUUCUCCUAAUAGCUGUAAUACCAACUAAAAUGCCAGUCCCAACUAUACAUGUGCCAUAUCUGGUCAAUUUCUUCUGUUGGUUGAUGGAUUUUACAUGUAGAACACGGUUAUAUACUGUGAUUGGUUUUACCUCUGUUCUUCUGUUGUGUAUUUUCAAUGUGCUCGCCAGUUCUUGCGCGAAAAGAUCAUCAUGGUGUAUAACAUCUUACUGUGUUGUAGUUUGGAUACGUUCCCAUAUGCUGGAACAACAACGACGUGUGAAUCUUUGUUCAUGGGAGUACCGUGUAUUACUAUGGCUGGAGCGGUACAUGCUCACAACGUUGGUGUUAGUCUUCUCAGCAAAGUAGGUGAGACACCUUUCUUUGUACUUGUUUAGUGUACUUGAUCUAUCUGCCAUGGCAAGUGGAGUGGAAUUAAGGGUGUGUUUGUUUCAGUUCAAAGAAAAGGUAACCUAGGAACCCUAAGCAAAUCAGUCCGACAUUUUGGAGAUACUACUCAUUCUAAUUGACAAAUUGUUAAUAGCCCAAAGUCCCUCACUAGAAUAUUUUCAUUUCCAACUUUGUCCUUCUGAAAGAAGUUCUUAGUGCUAUAUGCAUAUAGUCAUUGCCCGAUACUCAUUUUCUAAUUAUCACAAACUACUGUUCUUUCAUUUUUAAACAAUAUCUCAUAUCCUACUUACUGUACCUUUUCUAGACCUAACCAAACACUUCCCUUCCUUUUCACUGAAAGUUACUACCAAAUCAGUUUCUUUUCGCUAAAGCUAAAGCAAACAUGCAAUAAAACCAGCCUUAAGAGUUUGAAGGGAAGUCAGCUGAGUUUUGUGGUUUUGAUUAUGGCAAUGUACAGGACUAGAACAUCUGGUUGCCAAAAAUGAGGAUGAGUAUGUUCAAAUGGCGCUUCAACUGGCUUCAGAUGUUGAUGCUCUCUCGAGCUUGAGGAUGAGGCUCCGAGAUCUUAUGUCCAAAUCGCCUGUAUGUGACGGAGCAAACUUCACUCUUGGCUUGGAGUCGGCAUACAGGGACAUGUGGCGGAGAUACUGCAUGGGCGAUGUGCCAUCUUCAAAACAUAUGAUCCAACUCAUACAACAACAGGAACAACAAGUAAUUUCAGAUGUACCCAGCGACAACUCUCAGCAACCCCCAACUACUAUCUCGAGCAUGACGAGCUCAAGGGAAGAAGACUUGCUGCAUGGAUCCGCUAUCAAGGAGAAUGGAUUCGGUGCAGCACCACCAUCGAUGGCCAAUCAUUUUUGUGAUGAGAACGGGAUUAGUUAGAAUCUCACACUGCUUACCACACAAUCAAAGUCGAAGCUGAAGUGGGUCAUCAUGAGCUUAUGUGUGAUUCCUAGCCCGUUUUAUCCCUUCGAGUGUGACGUAUCUAGAGCUGGGCGCAUAGGGCAAGUGAAGGUGAAAAACACUAGUCUCAAUUGUGGCAGCGAGGGAGUUGUUCUGUGUUGUGGUGUUUGCUGUAGGGGAAUAUAUUUUUCUGGGAAAGAAGGGUUGUUAGGAAAGGAGUUCUGACGGUUUGGAUUCAAUGGUGAACCUGAUGUUGUAGUUAGGCGGGCAUCUGGGGUAUCUUUCCCAUGAUGGAUAGGUAACUAGAAUUUGGUUGGU